AUGUUCGCGAACGCCUGCGCAGUGUGCUACGGAUUUCAGGGCUCGGUUGGCUUCUCCAAGAGCUAUGCAAGUCAUUACCAGAUCAAUCUUGGGUCCACAGCCCUUGGCAUGAUGGGAAAGCCGCAGGGUUGCUAUAAAGACAACACGCUGGCACAAGUGGACCGGGAACGAUGGAUAUUUCGGGCUCAGGGGGAUCUGCCCGAAGGCUUUAACCCAGACGUCGAGGCCGAGAUGCAGAUGCUUGAAGAAGAUCAGGACUUCCCCAACUCGAAAGAUCUACAGAAAAACUGGGUCUGCAUUCAUCAACAUGAGAUUGGACUGCCCGUAGAAGUGUUGCAACUUCUGUUCGGUCGGCUCACCGGGGAGAGGAUCCCUAAGGCCUGGUUGGACAACAAUACCAAGCCGAUCUGA